CUUAAACAAUGAUUAGCAUCUUUCAUCUUUCUAUUGUUCGCCAUCUUGAAUGGUUUCCAAAGUGUAUUUAUGGCUUCCAGGAUCAAGAAAAAAAAUAUAUGACUUCCCAAAUUGAAAACAUUUAAGAGGUGGGUUGCCAUGAAUUUUCACGGAACCAAAAGUUGGUACAGGUGGAUUCCCAUGAUCUCUGGGCAUGGAAACAAAAAAAAUUGUUAUCCAUGGGAAUUGAAAUCCUAGGGCUUGAAAUACUGAUUUAACCUGAGACUGACUUUACUGACACAGCGCAAUGUAUUAUAUAAAUUGAUAUUUUGAGAAUAGUAACAUUUGUGUGUCAUUAAAGUGAACAGCCGCAAAGAAGAACGUAGAAAUAUUUUUGAAGUUUGGCAAAAUAAAUUCUUGUAGUUUGGAGUACUUAUUGGAAGUUUAGGCUAAAUAGGUUCUUAAUUAGGUUCUUAAUUUUUAUGAAGAAGGAUACUGUUGUUGAUUACAAGAAAUUGCUCUAAAUGGUAUUUGUCCUCCAUAUUAGACAUUUAUUUACCAAAAGUCUAACAAAACUAGUUUAACAGCUAGAAGGUAUAUGCAGUUUUCAACAAUGGUUGUUCACAUUAUACAUUUAUUAAAUAAUUAUAUCAAAAUGUUUGUGAAAAUGUAGUCUAACUCCACAUAUAAGAACCUGUUGAUUUUUCUUGGCUAAACUGGUUCUUAUAUUUUGGAGUAUUAAAAUGACAAAUUUCUGCCAGCAGGUUCUUAAAAUUCCUAGGUUCUUCUCCACGGCAUUUUACUGUAUUUACAACAAUGUGAAAAAUAUAUAUUUCAACUAUAAUAUUAUUGACUCUCACCACGAUAUUAUGUGUAUUACUUUAGGCAUGAUGUUGAGAUCUCCAGCCAGGUCAGAGCUGCUGCACCCAAAGCACCAUCAGUGUUUUAUGCAACACCCACAGACAUUCCAAAAACACAGCAGUUUGGUGUGUCAUUAUCAUGGUAUGUAAUGACCAGGGCUGUCAUUUAGUGCCGCAGGGCCAGCAAUUUCCCCCUGCUACUAUGAACAUAGCCCCCGGCUACUACGAAAAAUGAACCAAAAGAAAUCCCUUGCUGUUUGAUUACCCGCCUACUUGUUGUGUUUACCCGACAACUUGAAAUCCUAGUGACAACCCUGAAUGAAAGUUUAAUUACAUUUGUUGCUUUUUUGUAAGCCUGAAGUGAUUGGUAAGUUAACCUUUUGUGACCCAAGAGUGACCAACAUCACUUUUCUUCUAAAAAUAUCCAUGUAUCAUAAAGAGAAAUAGUUAUGAGAAUUAGUAAAAUAAACAUCAAAGGGAAAAUACUUUGGUAAGUAAUUUUUGAAGGAAAUCUAUCGGGACCGGUCUGGAGAAUUUGUGUGUGGAUGUUACAGGUCAAAUUUGAUUUCAGGUUAAAAUUUGGAACCUACAAUUGGCGACAAAAUUAGUUGAGACACUUCGCCCUAAAGGGCUUGUGAAAUGUUUUGCUAACUUAAUGCUGUCCUACUGUUUGAGCUACACGUAGAAAACAACAAACACCCCCAACUUUGAUUGGAGGGGAGGGGUGUGGAUUGUUGUGUGUGCUGAAGUUAUGCCAUUUGAGGACAUUGUCUCAACAAUUUUGUUGCCAAUUGUAGGUUGUUCUACACUGUAUAUUUCCUUUGUCUCCAAGCCCUACGAGACAAACGAAACUGAGAAUCAACGAGGGUUAAAAAAUUUAAACUUGACCUUAAGCCUGGAUAUCAGCGCUUGAAGGGUUAACUGAUUUGUCUUUCAAGAGUAGUGUAUAGAAACUCCAGAGAAAUGAUGACGAAUGAUGAAGAACAUGUUAAUGAGAAACUCCUCUCUUGUACAUGUAAUUUCAGUUUAUAAUAUUUUCUUUCAAAGGUUUUUUGCACAAAAACAUCAAGGAUUACAUUUUUUCUGACUUUUGAGAGAAGCCAACAACCUAUUUGGUGAUAAAUUUGUGUUUUAUCCUCUUUUUAAAAAAACGUGCUCAUAAUAUUAUAAUAAUUAUCACUCAUAUGUAUCUUUUUUGCCAUUUAGUAGUCUGUUCAGACAUCAUGAAGAUUGUUGAUUGUUAUCCUUUUCAGGAUGAGAGAGAAAAACGAUGGGGAGUGCAUUCCACUUGUAUUGUCAACAUCAGUGACAUUUUUACGAGAGUCUGGUAGGAAUCAUAGGCAAAGCUGAACAGAUUAUUUAGUCCAUUGUUUUAGUAUUUUUUCGCUUUUAACACAUGCAUUUUUGAGGCAAGAUGUUGAUUGUUGAAAAUACAAACUGUUUACUUAAUCAGAAACUUACUUAGUCACUAUUUUCAUAGUAUCUUUUGAUUGACAAAAAUUUUUGAUCAACUGUGUCACUUUUUAACAUCAAAAAUCUGGUAAGAUAAAUUAUCAAGAGAGUUUUAAAUAGCGAAAUAUCAGUUGAUACUUCUAGGCUGUCUAGGGAUCCAUAUCGGUCAAAUCCAGCCAACAUCGAUGUCAGAAUCUUCGCUCUUUGUUAUAACUGUGUUGCCAUCGUUAGUCUGCACUUACUUUAAACUUGAGGUUGCAAAGAUGAAAUAUGCAAAGUCUUGUUAAUCAAGCAAGAAACUGAAUGAAUUGAAUGAUUUUGUACCUUUUAGCUAAUUCUUAGUAUUUUGGAAUAAUUCUCAUUUUUGGAGUAAUUCUCUUGUCUGUUAGACAGGUCCUUUUAUUAGUUAGGGGCAUCUGAUAAAAUUGUAACAGCUUAGAGGGGGUGUUUAUUAGAUAAGAGGCAUUUACUUGGAAGUGGACAUUUAUUAGGUCAUUUAUGGUACAUGAUUUUACCACCCCAACAGAAUAAGUAUUUACCCAGGGUAACUCUUAGAGGCACUCAUCACACAUUUAAGGCCACAGGUAAUGGUACUUUACCCAUACCUGUACACUGGGAAUGGUUAAUCUUAACAUUCCUAUUACAUGCCUUUUGUAAUUCCUCUUCUUCUGGGAUGCACCCCUUGCCCCAAAGAAAGGUGUUAACCAGACCUAUAUUUAAAGGUUUUUUCUUAAUAUUAGCUCUAGAAGUUGAAGGGAUUUUCAGAAGAUCUGCCAACAUGAAAACUGUUAAAGAAUUCUGUGUAAUGUUUAAUGAAGGUUAGUGGUUUAGUAUGAAGCAUUUUACUUAACCACCGUUCACUGAUAACAAAACUAUGAUACAUGUAAGUAAUGUUUUAAUCAUUUUCAACUUCUUUUGGACUUAGGUAAAUGAAAGGAGGAAAAUAAUUAUAUCCCUUUAAAGUAACACAACACAACAACUUUGUUGUCGACGUGUUUAGCUAAUGCAAGCUAAUUUGGGUCAAAAAGGGAAUAGAUAAAUAGUAAAGAAAUGUACAGUUUACUAAAAGAAAUGUCAAUGGUAAUUAUAAAAUGUGUUUAUAAAUUAUUCUACAAUGCCCUUAAAUUUAAAUAUACAGGGAAAUGCUAAAUAUAUUUCUAAAAUUCUUAAGAGCUACAAAGUAUACGGAAGCUACAAUUGUCGUUUAAAAGACCUACAAGGUUAAUACUUCGUAUCCUGGAGUUCAAAGAUUUGUCUUUGACUUUACUGUCCAAUCAAGACCCUAUAUAUGGUCCAAAGUAUUUCCUAGAAUGUUUCCUGUAAUAUACAGUAUUAAAUCUAGGUGUAUGAAAAUUCCUUAUUUCUCAAGUGAUAGUUGGAACACACAAUCUGUUAACUGUAACAACCAAAUUGUCAUGAAAUCUGUGUCAAGUGAGUUCAUUUUGUCAAUAAUGCAGUUGGCUUUACUGCAACUUGUUUCGAAACUAUAGACCAAUAAGAUUCCAAAUCUUCUUGCUAGUCUACUAUAGCUUUUUAUUCUAGAUAAAAUAUGAGUGGGAGAUAUGUAUGGGCAUUUAUAAGUGGUUACAUAAUUACAGGCAAAGAUGUUAACUACAGUAACCCGGAUGACAUCCACUGUGCAGCAGUUAUUAUCAAGAGAUUCUUGAGAGAACUUCCUGACCCAAUCCUCACAUUCAAACUUUAUGAGACAAUUAUUACUAGCACAAGUAAGUGUCAGAUUUCAAUCCACAGUUUUCAAGUAUUCCCAGAUCUCUUAACUGGCAACCCACAAGGGGAACCCAAUCAUAGACCUGUCAAUAUGUUCAUAACAGACUGCAUUGAACAAAAGAGAAAAAUUAAAUGUGAAAAAGUGUCAGAGGCACACGGGACUUAAAAUCAAUCUGACUCUUUAAGAAUCAGUGACCCCUUAUCUUAACGCAUUGUUAUAUCAAUAAAUGAAGGAUGUCUACUCAGGAAGCUCUGUGUAGUUAAUUAGAUCAGUGAACUUCUGUGUUUUAUUUAUUUGAAGUUGUAAUCUGCAAGGCUUUGUAAUAGAUUAAGGUUUUUGUUUUUAGUAGAUAUGUUAUUUAUGUACUUGUCCCCCUCCACGACUAGCUUUCCAGCUGUUUGCGUGGCAAGCUAUCCAACCCCUGUAUACAAAGAAUAAAGUUGUUGUUGUUGUUGGAAAUCAACAGAAAUCGAUGUAUGACCUUCUCUUGACUAGUCCAGAUAUGAUCUACCACUGAUAUACUUGUAUAAUUUAUGGGAAUCGUAAGAGUUAAUGUCAUUGAAGUAGCUUUGUGUUACGAACAUCCUACAUGCUGCUGGUAUUGGAAUGUCGGUAGGUGGCAUAAUUGCAAAGAUGGUGAAUGAACAGGGAUGGGGUUUUUUCUUUCAAAGAUGCAUGCCACGCUGAAAGAAAAGCUAGCGGUAUACACGAUGUUUGUCUCACAAACCUAUUUUAAUGAUAGUCCCCUCUACUAACUAUGGUUUAAUGGCCAAAGCUCGUACAAGUCCCGUAGUUGUCCAUAUUCUAUGCCAACUUGUUGUGCUAUUUAGGUUCUCAAGUUCGGUGCAAUUAUUGGUUGUGUUCGUUUGAUGUUGAUAAUGAUAACGAUGUUCACGAUGUUGAUGAUUAUGAUGAUGGUGGAGGUGGUGGUGGUGGUGGUGAUAAUAAUAGGGAAUGUAAGUUCCAACGAGGCGACGACAAGAAGAACGUCUAGAAAACAAUAGGUUUAAUAAGCAAAACAACUACUUCGCACGUGCAUCACGCUUUUUUGUUCUUUUCUUUGCCGUUUUUGCAAAACUAUGACGUGAAGAUACCUAAUUUCGCGUUUUAUGGAGAACGUAAACAAGCAGUGGCGAAAUUUUCUCGCUCUGAACUUGGAUAUGGUCCCUUGGAAUUCAAGUUCAGGAGGGUUCACCUACAUUUGACAAAGUAAGUGGGUAGGAGUAAUCGCGAUAAAGACUGAAAGAAAAUUAUAUUUUUUUUAGCGAUAUUCUUGUCGCCGUCGCGUCGUUGGAUCUUAAGGUCUCUAAUGAUUAUCCUUGCCCUGUUUUAUCAUAUUUUCAACCAUUUUUAUUCGCUUUGCUGUAUUUCUUCUGUAAGAAAUUCCAGACGCAACAGAGAAACUGAAAGUGGUAUGGUGCAUUCUACACAAUGAGCUACCAGAAGAGAACUUUGUUGUACUCAAAUUUCUGAUGGAGUUUCUUAAUGAGGUAUGGUCAGGGUUCUAUUAAGGAUUUAUCGUUUGGGGGAGAAGUCCCGGAUCAUUUUAACUUUCUGGGAAACUGCACACCUACCCCUCCCCUAAGCCAACAUUUUACCUUAAGGGAGAAGUAAGUAUAAAUGUUGGCUUAGAGGUAGGUGGGCAGUCUCUCAGAAAGGUAAAAGGAUCCCACGUCCCGAGUGGCCGAAGGCCACGAGCUUCCUGGGGGGGUCCGGGGGGCAUGCCCGCCAGGAAAGUUUUUUUAGAUGAAUAUGCGCUGAGAUGAUAUCUGGUGCAUUUUGAGCACAAUUUUGAGAAAUGUUACAGUGUGUGCACCGACCUCGUCGCGUUUGGAUGAUUUUUAUAGUUACUGAUAUACCUGAUUGAAAAAACGUUGUCGCUCAAAAGUAUAAACCAUGAACCCCAUACUCCGCACGGGAGUUAAUUUCACCCAAAGACUUGACCACAUAACGUGAAAAAAAAUUAAAUGAUAACUCCACAUUUGUUAAUUGGUGUUAGCGACGUGCUGCUUGAGUGAUACGGAUUUAGAAAGGUAAGAGUUCUUCGUCUACCAUUCCUUGUCGAAUUGGAGUUUGGAAUUGUCAAGAGGCAGUCGCGAGUACCAAUACAUGUGUACGAACUCUUCAUUGCUCUACUAGGCCGUUUUCGGUGACCUUUUUUCCCAACAGAUCAUCGAGCGCUUAUUAUAAAGGGCGGCCAUCAUAGUUUUAGUAAUAAAAUGAAUAAAUAAAUAAGUGAAUUAAUAAAUGUCGAUUUAGUGGCAGCACUGUAGAAACACAGUUUAGCAACGUCUUUAUUGUUUCAGGUCUUGGAUUAUUCCGCUGUAAACAAAAUGACGGCCAUGAAUCUGGCAAUUGUGUUUGGACCGAACAUUCUUUGGUCCAGAUCUCAAGCGGCUUCAUUAGAAGCCAUGGCACAGAUCAACUCUUUCACCCUUCUGUUGCUGGAAAACGUCAGUUAUCUGUUUGGAACCUCUUGACCUAAAAGUGCUGUAUUGCAUUCUUGGAGUAAACUUUAUGACUCUGCGGGCUUCUUCAUGAGAGUAGUAGAAGAAAAAAGCAGUUCUGGCACGCCCUAUCAUUUAUACCGAUAGGUCUUUUUUGUCCAUUAAGAUAACUAUCAUUUCAAACAGUUUACUCACUCACUUGUCUUCGGAUAUAAGUAGAUGUACAUGUUUAAAUUAUGAAACGUUGUAACGGGAGUGUACGUAAGAAUUAUGCUUCAUGGAGUGCAAAUGCUGGACAUUUCGUGUUUAAGGCGGAGGAAUAUCAGAAAUAUUAUCAGCUCGACAUUAAAUGUGGAUCACCAUAACAACACAAAUGCUGUAAGAUUUGCGUUCUUGUCUAUCUUGGUGCUGAAUUUAGUCAGAUGUAAAUACAGUACUGUUCUACGUAUGUUUUUCUUUGUUCACACCGAGGGUCGCCCAACAAUCGCCUCUUAUUGAGCUGGGAAAAUAAAGUUUAAAGUCGUG